AUGGGCUACUCGGUGGUGUGUCCAGGGGCCUCCCUCGUUCGCUCCUAUCCUGGGCGUCCCUCCAUCUUAGGAGCCCUUGCUCUGGCUGGAUUCCCUCCAGUCUCGCGACUCCCUGCCAGCUCCGAUCUUGAGGGCUUCUUGCACUUCCUGCGGGACAGGCUCGAUGAGCCUGUCAAGGUAGGCUUGGUCCCCUGCGGACGCAGUGUGCCACAUCCCAAGCAGUCUGCUUAUGACUAUGUGGAAAGGGCACGGCACGACUUCAACCUCAAGGACUACGAGUUCCCCUGGCAGAUCAUGGACCUGGACCAGCCUCCGGAUCUGGACUUGUAUGGCCAGGAUCCCACGCACUUUCAGCCGUGUGCUGAGCUGCCUGCCAUUGGGCGUAUCAUUGGCCGUGCUCUCUACUGUAUGACAGUACCGAAACCACAGCGAGCUGAAGGAGGCAACGCCCCCGAGACUCCGCAGGGCAACGCCCCCCAAACCCCAUCCACCUCACCUUUUGCGGGUGGCCUGGGACCAGGGGAUGCGCAGCAGGCGCCGCACACUCCUCCACCCUUUCUGCCAGUCCUUCUGUGCUGCUCCUGGAACGCGACUCAGGGCAUGAUACAUCAGGAGAUGUUGGCCACCCACGCGCUCAUUCGAGCCUCCACUCUGAGAGAGUUGCUGAUCGUGGCGGCCAGCCAAGCCAACUUCCCCAUUGAGAAGACGUACCGCCUUACGGUACCGGCUGACCGUACUCCCUAUGGGAGGUUCCCAAUCCCGCAGCGCCUGGUCCAGACCUUCAUUCAUGACGAAAUGGUUGGCCCUAAGGAAAUGGCGGAGGACAAGUUCCGGACCUUUCGUCGCGAGUUCUUCAACGACGAAGCAUGCGCGGAAGUGAUCCGAUCAGACCUGCUCAGUGACCCGGUCCUCCACCCGACGGCGCAAGGACGCAGCUUGGCCCCUGGCUGGCAUCUCACACAGACCCUGGGCCCGAUCUAUCUGCUGCAGGAGGUCCAUGAGGAUCAAUUGCGGAGAAUGCAGGGCGUGCCCCCCAAUGAGGGGCAUGGGUUCCGAACAGCCUCCAAGCAACUCAUAGCUCUUACUCGGUGCUGGGGUUGGAACAAGGGAUGGAAGUCUGAUCCGGCUUCCACCAAAGCCAACAACGAUGCCAUCCUUCGUGGACUCCCUACUGCACUCCACGCAGCACAGGAGGCUGGCAACGCCACGACCCGGCGAGGCAACGCCUCCACAACUCCGGUCCCCACUGAGGCAACCAUUCAGGCACAUGUGCUUGAAGCUCUCGACACCAGCCUUCUCGAUCGGAUUGUGCAGCUCAUCGAAAAGUGGCCGCGUUUCUAUGGCGAACUCACCAAGCAGCAAGUCCAGGAGCUCAUCCCGCGCGGUCUUGGCAUAGCCAUUUCAGAAAAUGGUGACACUUUGUGCUGUGUCUUCUGUGCGGGCAAAUCUGGCGGACCCUGCAUGUUCCACACCUCUCAGGGCUUACUGCCGCACUUUCUGCGGACACGCGGCAGCGGCGCUACAUGGCAUCACGCGGGGGAAGAGGCCUAUGCCAGGGCUACCACUGGGCUCUCAGGUCAGGCCGCUGCGGCGGCCUCCUCCUCAGAUUCCGGCAAUCAACGGCCCAACGAGCCUGCCUCCCCGCCGCCAUACGUCGCACCGCGACCGGCCAUCCUUGAUGCACCGCAUCGUCAUGAAGCUCCUCCUCAAGAGCCAGAAAACACUCCUCCCACAAUGGAGGAACUCUGUGCCGAGAAGGACUUCUACGACUGGGUGGUGGCAGUAGCGGACCUUCAGUCACUGACGGCUCCUGAAGUCGUGGGUGUUCUUCAGCCCCAGGAGUUCACAGCGAUAUGGAAUGCCCGACUUCAGGUCUUGACCAAGCUGCCAACCGUGCUUGCAGGCCUUAGCAGGGUUUACCAGAAACCUGAAGCUGAUCGAAAAGACCUCAGCUGGCGCUCUGUGAUCUCGGGUCGACUUGUUGUCCACUCCUCUGGCCACUUAACGAUGGCCACGAAGGACCGCGCUGGUCAAGAGCACAUCCACCCCAAGCUCACGACCUGGCUCGGGGGCCUUCAGGCUACCAUUAAAAAUGGGGUCCCCUGCGCUCUCUUCGAGGGCAAGCGAGUGGCUACUCAGGAUGAGUUUCGCCUAUUUGCGACGACCCUGCAGACCAUCUACGAGGCAGCCACCAAGAAGGCGCACCAACCCUCCCACGUCAAUAUCAUCCAGGCCACGCGCGACAGCCAUCCAACCAUCAAGAUUACGCACGGCCAAGUCCUGGAUAGCAAGCUGAACGUCAUUCGCAAUGUUACUGGCCAGCAGCUUCGUGGUCGCCGUGAAAGGCAAGCUGAGCACAGAGAGAACAAGGAGUCCAGGAGGUCGGACCCGUAUGGCUCUCACGAGCCCCCGUCCGAACAACACUCCAGAUCUGCCGGCUCCCAAGACUGGCAAGACUGGCGGGACUGGGAAGAAAAUUCCUACAAUGCCAGGAACUCUGCCUACCACGGCUAUUACCGCUGA